AUGGUCUUCAGGUUUCUGGAUCUCCCAUCAGAGCUGCGCAACCGUAUCUACGAGAUCGCUGCGGCGGUCGGUGACGAGCCGCUGGCUAUAUCCCGGCUGUCUCAUGGAGAAGACGGCAACUAUGCGGGUCUUACGAGAGCUUGCGUGCAAAUUCGAGCUGAAUAUCGACCAAUUCAGCGUCGCAAGGCCAAGCUUUCCCUAAGUUUUUCAGACCUUGACGUGUUUACUCGAACCUUUCUCACUUCAGCCGCGGACAUGACGGUCGUUCCUCUUGAGGUUCACGUCCGGAUAUCUCUCACUUGGACUCUGGGUUUCGACUCACUUCCAGUUCUCAAAGUCAAAGCCCAGAACCCCCGCUUGGACAUCAGGAUCGUGCCCACUACUAUCCCAACGGGGCCUCGAUCCAUAGGAAGUGGCCCGCAUGACGCGGCUACUCUAGCGACCAUCGCCUCGAAUCAAGCACAACCUCUGAACUCGCUGCUCCUUCACUCAAACAAGGACUGGCAUUCGUGUAUCAGCAACGGUUCCAUUGGCGAAGUCUACAUAGAGAUGCAGAGCGGGUUCACACGGAUUGAGAUUGUCUUCGUGGUCAUCAUAGCCUUUCGCUUCCUCGACCUCAACCCAGAAUUGCGCAAUAUAGUCUACCACUUCGCGUCAAUCACCGACGCACACGUUCCUAUCCGAUGCGAUGCCUCUCUUCAGUCCGGCAACUACGCUGCGCUCACAAGAGUGUGUGUCCAGAUCCGCCGAGAAUACCGCCCAGUUCAACGUUACAUGGCUGAGGUUCGGCUGGACCUUGCAAAUGUUGGCCAUUAUGCUCGGGCAUUCAUGACGACAGCUGAAGACUCCAUGUCCCUCCCUCAUACUAUACACGUCGAGGCAUGGUUCGCGAUAUCCUCCAGAUCCGACUCUCACUUCAGCAUCUUUCCGGUUCUCAAGCUCAAGGCUACCCACCCUGACCUGGACUGCAAGAUGGUGCCCGCCGCCAUUGCGAAUCGCUAUGGUCUUGCACAGCACCCCAUGUUCUUCGGGACUGUGAACCAAGUUCGUGGUCUCAACGCACUUGCUUGCCAUGCGAACGAAAAGUGGCGCGAGGAGAUUAGGAACGGGACUAUUGGAGAUGUCCGGAUCAGAUCAAGCGCAUCAUUUAGUGAGACUACAUGUAUUUGUAUCAUCUUCACGGGUGUCCACGCCCCCAAGAACUACGAUGAAGCGAUCAGCGCGCCUGAUGCAUGGAGCAGCGCUCGCGGUCUUGACGUCGCGCUAUCACACGGUCAUCAUGUUGCGUUGUACUUUUCACCUAUGUUCACUUGA